AGAGAGAGAGAGAGUGUGUGUGGAAGCUCUGUGUUAAGGUCAGCAGACCUGAUGGACGUACCCCAGUUAGCGCCUUUGAGGAGCGUCUUCUGGAAGAUGCUGCCCAAACUUCGAGGGGAGCCCACAUUGCCUAUUUUCUCCUGCGGGAGGUAUGGUGCUUCGGACUUCAUUGGACGCCAUGAUGACCAAGCCUUGGUGCCUUUCUUUGAUGAUCACACCAUCUACCGGCGGAAAGUGGCCGCGAUUUGGUAUCUCACCAAGGACUGGACUGAGACAGAAGGUGGCUGCCUUGUGGAUUUGAAGGAGAUGAAGGCCAUGGAUGCGGGAGAGCUGAAGCGGGGUCCACAUCUAAGCUUUGGAGCAAAAACGGGUGACAUAUGGACAAGGUGCCCCACUGGCACAGCGUCACAGCAGUGA